AUGUCGAACGAAAGUCCCCCACCUUUUACUGGGCGUAUGCUCGGAAUGUUAGAGCCAGCAUAUCUCUUGACUUGGGCCGUGUCGCACUACGUCCGAGUCUGCGCCGAAGCAGUCUUCAAAAAUGGCCAGGUCUUUGCCCCAAUUACCCAGACGCGGAGACUCCGCGAUGAAGCAUUCGGAAGAUUCUGGAUCGAAUUCAGCACACCGCGCCAAAUGACCUCCGACCCAAACAACAAAGAAAUCCCCGAGCCAGUCGGCUCCUCAGCUCUAAUCCCCCCAAUCCUCCGCACAGCCUCGGGGAUAGUCCUCGACAUCGGUCCAGGCACAGGCACACAGAUGCCACUACUCACCUCACCAGCAAUAACAGCCCUAUACGGCGCCGAGCCAUGCAAAGGCCUACACGCAUCUCUGCGCGCAAAAGCGCAAGCAGAGAACAUCUCACCCAAGUACCGCAUCGUGCCAACAGGCGUAGCAGCCGACGAACUGGUCCCCGCAUUGCGGGCCACAGGCACAGGCGUCGUGGACGCGUACGAUGCUGACCCCCGCGCGGGCAUCUUUGACACGAUCCUGUGCGUGCGGGUGCUGUGCUCCGUGCCGGAGAUGGAGCGCACAGUGGGAGAGUUGUAUGGGAUGCUUAGGCCUGGUGGGCGGUUGCUUGUUACGGAGCAUGUUGUUAACCCGUGGCGGCGGGCGAAGGGGUCGCUUGUUGGGCGGGUUGUGCAGGGGUUGUAUCAGGUUCUUGGGUGGAGUUGGUUUAUUGGGGAUUGUUGUUUGAAUAGGGAUACUGAGGCGGUUUUGAGGGCUGUGGCUGAUGUGGAUGGUGGGUGGGAGAGGGUUGAGUUGGAGAGGAAUUUUGAGUGGUCUGUUAUGCCUUAUAUUUCUGGGGUUUUGGUUAAGAAGGGGGUUUAG